AUGAAAUAAUCUUUUUUAAUUUCUUUGAUUAUUUUAUUAUUUAUCAAUAAAUUUAAUUUUUUACCUUGCCCAAAGGGUACUGAAACUAAUGUUUCUGGUGAUGAUGAUAAUUAAGGUAAUCCAGUAAAUUGUGUUAACUGUAAACCUGAUUAUUAUUAUAAUGGUGAUAAUUUCGACCCUGGUGUUAGUGAAUGCGAAGUCUGUCCAAUUCCAAAAUAAGAAGAUGCCAUAGCUAAUCCAGCUCGUUUUGCUGUAUUAUCUGUUUAAUGUGACAUUAAUUGUCCUUAUGGUACUUAAACUGAACAUGGAUAAACCGUUUAUGUAUAAUAAGCCGAAGAAUGCAAUUUUUGUAAAGAUAACCAUUUUUACGAGUUCUUUGGUCUUCCUUUUGAACCGGGGAUGUCCCAUUGCGAAGAAUGUUCAAUAAAAAAAGUUAAUGGUUCUUUAUCAGCUUUAGGUUCUGACGCAUUAUAGUAUAAAUAAUGUAUCACAACUUGCCCUACCGGAACUGUAACUUAUGAUGGAGUUACUAAUUUUGAUUUGUUUAGUUGGCAAUGUGUUAGUUGUAAUUAUAACUUUUAUUUUGAUUAAAAUGAAUUUUUACCUGGUAUUAGUACAUGCAAACCUUGUCCAGUAAAAAAAAUUAUUGGUGCAGUAUAUAAUAAAGCUGAAUUUGCUAAAAAAGAAAUAUAAUGUGAUGUUGAAUGUCCUGCUGGUACUGUAGUUAAGGAUGGAAAAACAACUUUUGAAAAUAAAAAAUCUGAAUGUGUUAAAUGUGCUCCUAAUUUUUAUACUGAAAAACAAGAAGAUUGGGUAGCAGGUAUUGAUAUAUGUUUUCCUUGUCCUAAUAUAUUGAUUUAAGGUGCUUAAGCAAAUUACGCUUCUUUUGCUACUCAUGCUGUUUAAUGCAAAGGCGCUUUCUCAUAGUUUUUGACAUUUUCCUUAAUAUUUAUUUAUUUAUAUUUUUUAUGA